AUGGGAAAUGUCUUCAUUUCGACAAUAAUUGUGACAAUUACAACAAAAACAACAAAUGUGUAUCAUGUCAAUGCAGGGUUUGUUUUGAAUGAAAGUUACGAGGGUGUUUAUUCUGAAAAUUGUUUAUAUGGUACACCGACAACUUGUUACAAAUGUCGUGAUAGUUACAUCAAAAAUAAAAACGAAUGUGUGUUGGAUGACAAGUGUGAGUAUAGUGAUGGAAGUAUUUGCAUCAAAUGCAACACGGGAAAUGUAUACAACAAGUGUGAGAACUGCGCAGCACAUUGUUAUUUAUUUGAGAACGAAAAGUGUUUGAUAUGUAAUGACAUUUUUUUAUUAAAUAAUGAAAAUGUCUGUGUUGAAGUAGAAAAUAAAAUUUCAAAUGGCAUAUUAACUGUUCGGUGUAAUGACACAUUUUAUAUUGCAAAUCGUAUUUGUAACAACUGUACAUCAAAAUAUGAACACUCAAUCAAAUUGUGUAUUUAUUGUAAACAAUAA